UGGGGAAUACCCGUUAUACGUAUACGUAAGUUGAAUUUUCCGAAGUACCGUGAUUACACACUAUACUACUACACACGACUAUGUAUAUACUGCAGUCACGGUCAUCACGGACGGAUAAAACGAAGAAGAAAUAACGUCGUCACACCCAAGUUACGUACGAAGUGCGAGUUAAGUACUCUGCGCGUCGAAAAAGCGUAAAAUAUUUUUAUUUUGUGAAGAGUAUACGUUUGAAAAACAGUAAGCUUGUGGCAUUCAUGAUGGAAGCACAUGCACGUGCUCCGGAUCCUUUAACAAAAUCUAAUGACAUGGCUAGUAAUUGGCACAGUUGGAAGGAAGAUUUUAUCAUAUUUAUGAAAGUAACUGGAUAUAUCGAUAAACCCAAUGAAAUUCGUGCAAAUCUCUUAAAAAAUCGCAUUGGAAAAAUUGGUAUUGAUGCCAUACAAGCUAUGUCCUUUGACAAUCCACAAGAUAAAGAUGAUAUGAAUAUAUUGAUUGCAAAACUAGAAGAAUUCUUUAAUCCACCAAAAAAUGAAGUGGUUGAACGAUUCCAAUUUUUUACAAGAGACAAAAAACAAAAUGAAACCAUCGAACAGUAUAUAAAUAUCUUAAAGGAAAAAGCCAAAACUUGCAAUUUUAAUGACAUAACAGAUAGUAUUAUACGAGAUAAAAUCAUUCUUGGCACUCCAGACAAAAUACUUCGUAAAAAAUAUUUGGAAACAAAGAAUUUAGAUUUGCAGAAACUGGUAGCGAUUUAUAAUGAUUACAAUAUUAAUACAGAAAAGAUGAAAGAAGUCACUAAAGAAAGCACAGAAUCCAUAAGCUCCGUACAGAAACCGCCGAAUAAUGAUACAAAGAGAAAAUGUUGGAGAUGUAAUUGUCAACAUCCACAAGGAAAGUGUCCCGCUUGGGGAUCAAAAUGUACAAAAUGUGGUGAUGUAAAUCAUUUUACCCAAUGUUGCAAAGGCCCUAAUUUUAAACCUAAUCUUAAGCCGGAUGAUAAUAAGAUAAAUAAUUUACUAAAUCCAAUGGAAAAAGCAAGAGUGAAUCUAAUGCAACAAAUUGGUGUUUCAAAGACCGGUUUUCCAGAUAUUCCGACAGUAUCUUAUGAUGCUCCAAAUUCAACUUUCUGCAACGAUUUCGUUAUGAUAGAUGGGCCAAAUCCAAAUUUACGUUCCGAUAAUGCGUCAGGUCAAUCAGUAUGUUUUCCUAAGAAUAUACAAAACAGAUCCAAAUCCAGAUCAAGAAAAGCCAAAUAAUGAUUUCCGAGAUUAUAUUAAUUCAAUAUUUCGCGAUAUACAAUCCAAUAUAAUACUCUAUUACACUGUUUACUCUAUGAUGAAAAGAAAUUAGAUCAAAAUACUUGUGUAUUGUCUUAAGUCUUUUAAUUUUAAUAAAAUGUUGUAUGGAUAUAUUUUGUCAUGAGAUAUGUAAUUGAGUUUUUUUGUAAACACUUUUAACUGUUUUAAAUGUAAUAUUAUUACACUUUUAAAUGUAACAUAAAAAAACAAAAAAAAAGCUUAUAACCA